UGUGGAGGGCAGAGAGGAAGGAAGGGAGAUCAGGGGAGGGCGGCAGAGAGAGAGUCAGAGGGAGGCAGACACCGACACCUUGCUCCAGUUUAGCUCUGACGGCUCUCAAUGGGGAGGUCUCUGUGAAGCGCAAAGCCUACCUGUCGGAGCUCAUCGCUGGAGAUUUAUAGUGCCCACGCCGAUCGUGGAUCUGCUGGAUAACCAAAAACAUGUCUCCAAAACUUUUCCUCUGCGCUGUUUUGGCCUCGUGCCACUGGACUCAAACCUGCAGUGGAUUUAAUAUCGAUGAACGGUUUCCUGUGAUCAAACAAGGGCAAACCAAAGGGAGCUUAUUCGGAUUCUCAGUUGCUCUACAUCAUCAGACAGAGGGGACAGCACAGUAUUUGCUUCUCACAGGAGCGCCCAAAGAGAAAGCCAAUUCUCUACAAAAUGUCGAUGAAACUGGGGCCGUCUACUCCUGCCCCAUCACAACGGACACUACCGACUGCACCCGAAUGGACCUGGUCAGCACGACAAACCCCUCUGAGAUGGUGGAGGGCAUGUGGCUGGGUGUGACCGUGGCGAGUCAGAGAGACCAGCCGGGGGGACGCAUGCUGGCAUGCGGGCAUCGCUAUGUAAAGAUCGUCCAGAGCGGCAGUGAGGAGCAGCGGCGCAUGAUUGGAAAGUGCUACGUCAGGAGUAACGACCUGACGUUUGACCCCAACGACGAAUGGCAAACUUACAGUUAUGAGGUCUGCAACCCUGGCUUCGACCUGGAGCUGGAGGGGAUGUGCAAUAUGGGCAUCUCAGGAGGCAUGACAGAGAGUGAUGUCUACAUCGGAGCUACGGGCAGCUAUUUGUGGCAAGGAAAUGUUCAUGUAGCAUGGAGGGAUCCAGAUCCAGUGAAUGCCUGGGACUCUGCAGUAAAAGACUUUGGACAGUUAAAUAGACGAUACAGUUAUAUGGGUUAUUCAGUUGUAGAGGAGAAAAAGCUACUGAGUCAUGACGAUUACACAGUGGUUACAGGGUCUCCCAGGGAUGAAUCCAAGGGCUCUGUAGUGUUCGGGGAAAAGACUGACAAUAGCAUCAAGCCGGUGCUCAUCAUCCUGGGGGAACAAGUGGGCUCAUACUUUGGGAGCAGCCUGGCUGUCACAGACCUCAACAAUGACGACUGGAAUGACCUGAUCGUUGGUGCCCCAUUUUACUUUGACCGGAUGAAGCAUCAAGGAGGAGCUGUGUACAUCUUCAUGAAUGAAAAUGGAUCUUUCCAGAAGACUGCCUCAGUGGUGCUGAAGGGUCAAACAGGUUCUGCAUUUGGUUUUUCAGUGGCUGCCAUUGGUGACGUCAACCAAGACGGAUUCCAAGACCUUGCUAUUGGAGCUCCGUUCCACGAUACAGGAAAGGUCUACAUAUGGAUGGGAAGCAAAAAGGGAGUCUCAGAAGAGCCAAGCCAGGUGAUCGAGGGUAAAUCUGUUGGGAACGGAGGAUUUAAGACCUUCGGCUACUCCCUCAAUGGAGGGAUGGACAUGGAUGGCAAUAGUUAUCCUGACAUCUUAGUCGGCUCACUAGACGACCGCAUAGCCCUGCUCAGGGCUCGCCCAGUCAUCCACUUAACUAGGGACUUCACUGUCGAGCCAAAGAUUGUGGACCCUAAUCAGUGUCCAGAAAACAAACCAUGCAUCACAGUGACUCUGUGUAUGUCUUUCACUUUGAGCAAUGGAAACAAAGACUUCAAGAAAAACUUAAAGGUGAGGUACACAGUGGAGGCCGACGUGGAGAGAAGAAGCCCUCGUGUUCGUUUUGUGAACAACAAGCAUGACACAUAUACAGAUACACUGAGUGUGCCAUCUUCAAAAUCUAAGUGUCAGACGCUGAGCCUGUCCGUAGUGGCGCCUGUGAGGGACAAACUUGAGCCAGUGGUAUUUUCCCUCAACAUGUCCUUGCAUGAACAAAAACCAAAAUCCACAUCUUCCCUUGAGAACCUGGACUCCUUCCCAACCCUAAGCCAGGAGCAGAAACUUUCUCAAAGAACGGAGAUUCACUUUCAAAAGGAGUGCGGCUCAGACAACCAGUGCAGCAGUAAUCUACAACUGAAGGCCCAGUUUGUUGACAACGAUGACAAGCCUUACCCCAGGCAGGGUAAAUUACAGGUCCUUCAGUUUGAUAGCAGCAUAAAGAUAAUAAGACUGAUGGUGGAAGUGUCUAACACUCCUGACGGAGGGAGGCUGGCUGAAGACGCACACCAGGCCAUGCUCAACAUCACCAUCCCUGACGCACUCAAAUACUCAGGCGUCAGGUCUCCGGAAGUUGAUGUAGAAUGUACUUUGGAAGGCACAAUUAUUUGUGAGCUGGGGAAUCCACUUAAAGGCAAUGAAAAGGUGUCACUCGCCCUUAAGUUUGAGACGUCAGGAAUCGAUCUGUAUACACAGGAGAUUGAGUCCCAGCUGCUUCUGUCCACCCUCAGUCAGCAGAGUGACCUGAGGCCUGUGCCUGUAGGCCUGCUGAUUGAAAACACCAUCAUCCCCUCCUUCUCCAUAGUGAGAUCUGUGGUGCAAUCAGAGUUCGGCGGCACAGUGAUGGGCGAGUCAGCCAUGGUCAACACCAGUGACGUGGGCAGUCUGGUGGAGUUCACCUUUGAAGUGAACAUGAUGGGCCAGCGCCUGGGAGACAUGGGGACCCUGGCAGUGGAGUUUGAGUGGCCCAUAGAAGUCACCAACGGGAAGUGGCUGCUGUACCUGACCAAGAUUGUUGUCAAAGGGGAAUCGGAGGUGGAAUGUAACCCUCCAGAAGUCAUAAACCCGCUUAAUCUAACUUUGUCAGAAAGGGAACGAAGGCGUAUUAAACGGCAGAUUGUGGUGGAUGAGACUGAUGAUUCAACGCAGCCGCAUGUUAUAGAGCCACAGGCAGCCAUCACGCUGCUCAGUCCUCGCAAAGAGACCUACCUGUUGGAAUGCUCAAAGGGAACGGCCAGAUGUCUGACAUUCACCUGUCCUCUGCUCAACAUGACAGACUCAACGAAGAUCUAUGUCCGCUCCCGUUUGUGGAACGGCACUAUGCUGGAGGACUAUCCCAAUGCUCUGAGAGUGACGGUCAAAGGUCAAGCCACACUGAAGCUCAUCACAGAAAAACCCACACUAAGGAUGGACAGUCAGACCAACAUGUUUUCAGUAGAAAUAGAACCUGUGGAGGGGGUGGAGGUGCCGUACGAGCUCCCACUAUGGAUCAUUAUCUCGGCAGCUGUGGCGGGAAUUCUACUACUGGGAAUAAUCAUUAUUAUACUGUGGAAGUGUGGCUUCUUCCAGCGUGCCAGCAGGAGGGAGAUGUAUGAGGCCAAGGCCCAGAAGGCUGAGAUGAAGAUCCAGCCCUCUGAGACAGAGAGGCUGACUGACGACUACUGAGGCCCCCCGUGGGUCCCCCCUACAGCACACACCAGUAGGGCUGAUGGCUUGGAUUCUUCAAGCGAGCCAUCUACUACCGGAUAAUGCCAAAGCACCGUGGGGUGAGAAUUUGCAAGGCUGAGCGCUACCAGCUCAAUCUGGGAUUCCAGCCUGAGGAGCCGCAGAAAAAGUAUUGGAUCACCAACUGGACAGAGAUGCAGCGUUACUACUACUGAGGCCUUUACUUUGGACCGUUAACUGUCACGCUGGUUUGACGCGGGCCAAACACAGAACAUUGAGGUCUGUCGGGGCCACAUGGACUGCAGUGCAUGGACCAACUCUGGAUAGAGAAUUCUUUUUUUUUUCUUUUUUUUUUUACUAUUAGUAGAUUUCACCAACUUUUUCAGUGCAAUACACUAAACAUAUGCUUCAGAGAUUGUAAUUUGUAAAGUAUUUUUAAUGAACGCAGUCUUGUACAGUGGACCUGGGUUGCCUUCAAGACUAAAAGUUUUCUAUCAUGUUGCAGGCUUUUUAUGUACCAAACUUUGUGUUUGUUUUUCCGAGUCCUCUGAGCAGAGUUGAGGUUUCUUUUUUCCUCCAUUUUCCUCUCUAAUCAGAGAAAAUGAGUCUUUUGUUACAUUCCGUCAUUGUGUAUGUCUUGCCUUUCCUGUCCCCAGGCAUCACUUUGUGGUCAGUGGUUGAAGUCUGUGUGAGACCUACAUCAGUCGCAUUCAGGCUGCUUAGAAUAUAAGCAGCAUCCAUGGGUGAACGAGCAUCUUUAUGUGAAUGUCCAUGGUAUUGCACGGAGCUAGAAAAGGGACUUUGCAUUUUUCACUAUUUCCCUGAUUUAUGGGAAUAAACAAAAAGAGGUACAAAGAAUAAAAAAGGUACUCAUUGUUAAAUGCUACAUUUAUUUAAGCCCCCUGCAUUAAGAUGAAAAGCAAUAGCUUCUUUACCAUAUGUAGAAUUAGCUAACAUGUCGAUGAGGUACUGGGAGCACACUUCUUAUUUAUUACACUGUCAUGUUUUAUUACUGUUAAGAAACUAUCUGGAUAUGUGUAAAAAUAUCAAAUACAGGGAGUUACGACACUGGAGUAGAAAAUACAUGAUACAUUUGUCUACACUAUAGAAAUGGAUUUACAAUGUAAUUGUAAAUAUUGCUAUUUAGAUUUGGCUCUUUAAAUUACUUUUUAUGUGAUUUGUUGUUUAACUGUCCUGCAGCUUUUUAUUUUUCAUAAGACACAGUUAGCCGACACUUGGAUUGUUUCCAAGCACUCGUGGCCCCUCUGAAACUAGACUGGACCAGGAGACAGUCUCUGAUGGGACCACUGUACUCUGUGUUAAGAGGCCAAGGUUGUGACUGCGGCUCCUACAGAGACUCUGUAGACUCAGCGUGAAGAGGGGAAGGGGCUGAAGCUGAUGCACACACUGUUUUCUGUGGUGGCUUUGUUCUUUACUGUGCAGUUUUCAUUUGUUAUUAAAUUGUUUUUUAACAAUC